AGAGCAGCACUGAUCGUGCUAGCCAUGAUGAGGGCAGUGGUGGUAGUGGCCAUGGUGGCCACGGCAGCAUUCGCCGUGUCCGUGCGCGCCGAGCAGUGCGGGUCGCAGGCCGGCGGGGCGCAGUGCCCCAACUGCCUCUGCUGCAGCAAAUGGGGCUGGUGCGGCUCCACCUCCGACUACUGCGGCGACGGCUGCCAGAGCCAGUGCAGCGGCUGCAGCAGCAGCAGCGGCAGCCCGCCGGUCGCCGGAAGCGGCGGCGGCGUCGCGUCCAUCAUCUCUCAGUCGCUAUUCGACCAGAUGCUUCUCCACCGCAACGACGGCGCGUGCCCCGCCCGGGGCUUCUACACGUACGCCGCCUUCGUCGCGGCGGCCAACGCCUUUCCCGGGUUUGGCACGACGGGCAGCGCGGAGGCCCGGAAGCGCGAGGUGGCGGCGUUCCUGGCGCAGACGUCGCACGAGACGACGGGCGGGUGGGCGACGGCGCCCGACGGCCCCUACUCGUGGGGCUACUGCUUCAAGCAGGAGAACGGCGGCGCCGCCUCGUCCUACUGCCAGCCCAGCUCGCAGUGGCCCUGCGCCGCCGGCAAGCAGUACUACGGGCGCGGGCCCAUGCAGCUGUCGUGGAACUACAACUACGGGCUGGCGGGGCAGGCCAUCGGCUCCGACCUGCUGGGCAACCCGGACCAGGUGGCCGCCGACGCCGCGGUGUCCUUCAAGACGGCCAUCUGGUUCUGGAUGACGCCGCAGUCGCCCAAGCCGUCGUGCCACGACGUGGUGACGGGGCAGUGGAGCCCCUCCGCCGCCGACCAGGCCGCGGGGCGCCUGCCGGGGUACGGCGUCACCACCAACAUCAUCAACGGCGGGCUCGAGUGCGGCCGCGGCGCCGACAGCCGCGUGGCCGACCGGAUCGGGUUCUACAAGCGUUAUUGCGACAUGCUCGGGGUCAGCUACGGGGACAGCUUGGACUGCUACAACCAGAGCCCAUUCAACAUCUAGCAGGAUCGAUCUCUAGCUACUGCUACAACCAGAGGUCACACAAGUUUAAUUAUUAUACAUACGAAUAAUGCAAGCAAUAUGUUGCUCCUGAAUCAAUAAUGCAAUAAAAGACAUGCAUGCUUAUUCAUGUGAUGAAUUUUAUGUUCGUGCAUGGUGGGAGAAUGGUCCAACCCAUGCAGUAAA